AUGACCCCUCCUCCCACAACAAUCCCAUCCGCAAUCGCCCAUAUCCUGCACUGCUUCCACCCCGACGCCCGCCGCGCCUUUUGGGACUUUGACCGCUGGUUUAGCGUUACUUGGAUAUGUAACUUGGCGGGUGGUGGUGAUGUUAAUGAUGAUGGAAAGCACGGAAAGGACGGACACGAGACGACGACGACGGCAGCGUUCGAAAUCAGUCGGAUCCGGCGCCAGGUCUCGGUCGGGAGUCUGGAUGCGGAUGGCUGUUGGAUCUUGGUGCUGGUGUUUGAUGUUGCUGCUUCGGAGGAUGGUGAUGUUGAUGAUGAUGGACAGUCGACAGUAAGCCAGUCGACAACAACCCAGUCUAUACAACACCACUGGCACCCCCUCCCAUCCCUCUCCAUGCGCCACACCACCCCCCCAACAAUCUCCGCCCUCGCCCUCACCCUCCUCCAAACCAUGACCUCCGCCCAAACCUGGCUCUCUAGCAAGUCCCGCCCCCACCGCCACGAAUUCUACGUCGAACUCGACGGGCCCGCCGACAUGGACGAUCCGGGUGCCGAUGGACUGGCCAUCUACCCGGGUUGGUUGUAUGGAGCCUUGGAUCUGGGGCUUUGUGCUGCUUGUCGUGAAGGGGGGUGUGAGGGGGAAAGGGGAUCAUUGUCCAAGUGUGCGAGGUGUGGGACUGCGGCGUAUUGUUCGCGGGACUGUCAGCGGCGGGAUUGGGCUGCGCAUCGGGUUGUGUGUGGGAUGGAUGGGGUGGGGAGGGGGAGGGCGUUGUUGUUGAGUAGUCGGGAGGGAGGGUUGGGGGGGGGGAAUGGUGGAGGAGGUGGGAAUGAGGACGACGACGACGACGACGAUGCUGAGGACUCCAAUGCCGACGAGCAACAACACCAUCCCAAUCCUCCCACCUCAACCCCAACCCACCACCUCCACCCAUAA